AAGCCGAAUGGAAAGCGUAUUAAGGAAGGUAGAAAAUGGGAUGAUUCGGUGUCAAGAGAGGAAGCUGCGGCCUUAGAUUACAGUUCUCAGAACAUUGAACAUCUAAAUGGUGAUCAUAACCAUUUAAACUGUGGAGAAUUUUAUCUUUCAAAGACGGAGGCUGCAAGUCUGGAGCGUUUGCGGGGAACUUUAAGUCAAGGAGAUCUUCAUGAAGUUGCCAUAUCUUCUGGUGAAGAGGAUGAUGCUCCAAUUGAUGAACUAAGUAAUGAAAUAAUAAAUGAUCCGAAUAUGGUUGACAAGACCUCUAGCAAAACUAUGCAAGAAAGUGGUCGUGGCUUGGUAUUUAGUCUUUUGCGUGGACUUCGUGUACCAAUUGGUGCCAAUGGCCGAUUACUUACUCGUGAGGAUAUUGAUCCCUGCCUAGAACAACUUCGUGAACGCCUAAUUCAGAAAAACGUGGCUGUUGAAAUAUCGCAGCGUCUUUGCGCCAGUGUGUGCGCUAAAUUAGUAGGAACUCCAUUGGGAACUUUUGAACGAGUGACAAGUCGAGUAAAAUACGGUCUUACUGAGGCAUGUACCCGCUUGCUUUCUUCUGGGCGUAGAGUUGAUGUCCUCCGUGAUGCCAUGGAAGCAAAGCUUGCCAAUCGCCCUUAUGUUAUUGUAUUUUGUGGCGUAAAUGGCGUUGGAAAGUCAACUAAUCUGGCUAAGGAGCUGUAG